GUGGAGGAUUUCCAUUGCAUUGUAAUUGCUUUGUGCUGCUGACAGUUGACAAUGCACUGAAUAUUAUUUUACAAAAUCAUAAAUCACUGUUGUUUACUUCUGUCUAUCAGAUAUAUGUCAGUGGCUUACAGUAAAACAAUUUUAACAUUUCACACCUAUUUUAGAACUCAAGCAACAGCAUCAGGAUGUCCAACAACAAGAAAACACAAGCAACUGCAAAAUUUUACAAUGAACCAGUGAUGGAGGAACUAUACACUGGAUACCUGCUCAAGUCCCCCCCUCAAACGGCCCUGACUAAAACAUAUCUGUCACAGAAAUCAUGGAAGCGUCGUUUCUUUGUGCUCUCCAAAACGGGUGAAGACUACCAGCUGACAUAUCAUGCAAACGACGAAAAGAGAGACAAGCCUCUGGGAGAGAUAGACAUUUCUAAGAUCAGCUUGCUGUUCACUAGCCCUGAGGCACAUCAGAAGUGGGACUGGAUCCAGAAACAAUUCAAGUGUUCUCCAUCCUUUGUGCUGUUCUUAAAGGUGGACGACGACACACCAAAACAAGCUAGAGAAUAUUUCCUCAUUGGAGAAAACAGGGAUGAAGUGGAUGGUUGGCUCAAUGCCUUAGUCAAGGUAAUGACGACCCAGAAAUCACAAAAUAAACUGCGACAUACAGACGAUACUCAGAUUCCAGUUAUUGAGGAAAAAGAUGAGAAGGACGGGAAGCAGGAUGAACCUCCAGUGGACAGCAGUGAAUACAUGACCAUGGGAUCAGUACAAAUGGUGUUGGAAGGUGACCAACAUGAGGAUGACACUGCAUGCAAACAGAAAAAUGAAACACACACAUAUGGUGAGAAGGAGAUCUGCGUUAGUCAAAACGAGCUGAAAAACAGUCUGAUCUUGACACAGGAAGAAGGCAAACCAUGUGUGUCUCGGUGUCGUCAGAUUCAGGACUCAAGGGGGGAUCAGAUCCUGGCCACAGACACAGUACAAGAUAUUCAGAAAUGCUUAAAAAGACUAAGCAAGGACGAGCCAAACUCAUGA